AUGGCGCCGCCUUCGCUCACCGCCUUGCCAAUCGAACUGCUCGUCUUCGUCAUCGAGGACCUCGACCGCGUGGAAGAUGUGGCCGCCCUCGCGCGGGCGAGCCGGCGGCUGUACAGCACGGCCAACCCUUACCUCUACAAGCGGGCUGCGCAAUGCCGGGAUGCACGGCCGCUUGCCUGGGCCGCGAAUCGCGGCUUGGUCUCCACGCUAAGGAUGGCGCUUGCCGCUGGCGCCGACCCUAACCACGAGUUCAUCGAGCAUCUGCCGGCAGUUGAAUGGGAGCGUGCCAGCGCUGCGGCCGCGGCCGCUGUCCUUGCCGAUCGGCCCAAGGAGCCGUGGGCCAUGUGGGACUACGACUCUCGGGGUGGAUCCGACCUCAAGGGGCCGUCCCGGUCCCCCGAGCCUCCCGAGUCCUCCCAGUCCGCCGCCCACGGUGAUGACGCGGAUGGCGCGGCCGACACCGGCACGCCCGCCAGCAGCGCCGACCAGUCCUCCUCGCACCCCGCCAGUGUCUCCGACCGAGAAUCCGUUGUCUCCUCGCUGGACGAGGACCAAUCGCGGCGCAGCGAGGCGACUCCGGCAACCGAGCCGUCAACGCCGUCCCCCUCGGGCUCCGCGACCGUGACGCGCCGCUACAGCGCCAUCCACCUCGCCGCCCGGGGCGGCCACAACGAAAUCAUCAAGAUCCUGUUCGACUACGGCGCCUCCCUGGAUGUCUCGUCCACGCGCUUCUGCGCCUGCAUGCCGCUCCGCGGCCUCCUGAACGACCUCGAAGACCCGGAGGAAGACGCCGAGCCUCCGCGCUGGUCGCCGCUGCACGUCGCCAUCUGCCACUCGCACGGCGACACCGCAAAGCUGCUUCUCUCUCGCAAGGCCAGCCGCAUGAUGGUGUCGCAUGUCCGCUGCGACGACAACCCGGAGCCCGAGCGCUCUUCCGGCGCCGGACUGACGGCGCUGCACCACGCGGCGGCCAUGGGCCUGGUGGACGUGGUGCGCUACAUCAUGGACCACAAGCUCGAGGCCGACGUCGACGUGCGGGACGACCACACGCUGACGCCCUUCUACCACGCGUACGCGCACCGCCGGUGGGACUCGACGGUGCCGCAGCUGCUCGCGCUGGGCGCGGACAUCAACGCGACCAUCAAGAUGUACAUACCCUACUCGGCGAUCACGGCGCUGGGCGAGGCGUGCCGGCUGGGCCACUUCGACGCGGCCGACCGGCUGGUGGACCUGGGCGCGGACGCGCGCAAGGGGUUCCUGGCGACGACCAAGGGCGGGUGCCUGACGCCGCUGCACAUGUGCUGCAUGCGGUCGGCGCAGCCGGCGGGCGCGGGCGGGGCGGGCGAGAACGACGACGUCGUCGACGAAGACGAGGCGCGCGGGCGGGCGCGCAUGCGCACCAUCGAGCGGCUGCUCGCGGCCGGCGCGGAGAUCGACGCGCGCGACUGCUUCGGCAGCACACCGCUGAUGGCGGCCGUGCAGGCGCGCAACACGUUCGCGCUCGAGGCGCUCAGCCUCGCCGGCGCCGAGCCCGGGCCGGACGAGCUCGACGCUGCUGCUGCGCGGGCCGCGGCGAAGAAACACUGA